AACUUUUUCACCAGAGAAUUGUGAAUUUGUGAAACUUGGAUGUGGUCAAUUGGACUCGCCACUAAAGACUAUCGAAGACUAAAUCAACACCCCUGAAGCCAGACCCUGGGUUAGGCCACUCUGCGUACUCGCUCCACAUCAAUCCACCCUCUCCAAAAUCUCCCAUUGACCCCUGCGUUCUCUCGCGCUCUCGCCAGGUGCAAUAACAAAUGGUAAUUGCAGCAGCAUUACACACAUUUAGAAGCAGACAGCACACAAAAAAAAAUUAUACAUAAAUUUUAUUUAUUUUAAAAGAAAGGAGACAAUGAAAGAAACAAGACAUUAAUGCAAAACAUAAAUUAGAACAAAAGAAGCAAGUUGAUGGUAGUGCAAGAGGUGGACCAUAAUGAUCUGUUGAGGUAGGAUUAGGGUUAUAUGGUUUUGAUGGGGCAUCUUGGUCAGCAUGAAUGAUUUAGACUGAAGGGUCUGAAUCCAUGCUAUAAGGCACUGACUAUGUUUUGGACAUUUAUGACAUGUUUUACCUUUUUGGAGUAAAAACCUGGAAAAGAAAUGCUGUCGCACCACCACGUGGUUUUACCCGACAUCCACAUCUGUGAAGAAGCUGUGGAACCAGGUGUAAACGGUCUGUUGAUGAUUGACCAGCCCUUGCCUGGCUCUGCUUUGAACACGUGUAUUUACCCAUAAUGUCCUUGACUCCGUGCCAAAUGUACACGUUUCCAUUUAAUCCUCUUUUUUUUUUUUAAAGCAUCAAGUGUUAAGAUUCACAGUGAGUCAGGUCUGGAGCAAACCAUGGCUGGGCUUAAUGUGUCGUGCGGAUAUUUCUUUGCUGUUCUGGCUCUCUGUCAGGUGGUUAGGAUGGUUUCCAGGAGACUCUUGCCACUUCAGGUCUACAUCUUCCUGGCAGAGUUGGCCACUUGCUUCCAACUGGGGGCCUUCUGGCUUGAGCUCAGGAUGUUGGUGGUCAUCGGGCCAUGGGGAGGUGGGUUUGGGAUGGACGUAGUUCUGACUCUACUGUUCAUCCUCUUCUUGAUCCAUGAAGCCACGUUGGAUGGCGCACAGGCCAACCCCCUGAUCACCUUGCAGGAGCUGCUACGCUCCAACUCUUCGCUGGCAGCUGCUACACUGAAGACCUUGUCCCAGUUCGGGGGGACGCACUUGGCCAGUGUGGUCGCCAGAGUGUACUGGUCCUGGGAGCUGACGGACUUCCACCUCAUCCAGAACAUGAUGGCCAUUGACUGUAGCUCCGCCAUUCAGACAUCUGUGAGCCACGGUGCCUUGGCUGAAGCAGCCUGUGCUUUCCUUUUCCACUUGGUUGUGAUGAAGUUUGAGGGAGCAGCUUUGGGCUACAGGAUCCUGUCCAAAGCCCUGACCAUCACUGCCUUGGUGUACACAGCUGGCCCAUAUACCACAGCUUUAUUUAAUCCAGCACUAGCAUUCUCUGUGACGUUCCACUGCUCUGGGAACACAUUGCUGGAAUACAUGCUCGUGUACUGGCUUAGCCCACUCAUCGCAACAACUUUGGCUGUCUUACUAUUCAAUGGGAACAUUCCUCUGGUUUUCUCCAAGAAUCUCCUCUAUUCCCAAAGACCAAAGUACAAAAUUCCCAAAGGGAAAUCAACAUUGGGUCCAGAAGAGAACAAGACAGCCAACAGGCAACAGGCAAGGAAGAGAAACAUCCAUAAGAAGGUUUUGGAGGUGGUCAUGGACAAAGAAAACAAUUGAGACCAAAAGGUUUGCCAGCGGAGUGUUUAAUUUAGUGUAAAUUAUUGGAAACACUGCCUGGACAAGUGGUGGAAACUAAUCGAUUGUGGUUUAUAAAGGGGAAGGGAUAAAAACCUAAAAUAAAUAAUAAUAUUGGGCUAUGGGAACAGAGCAGGGUUGAGUAUGCUGCCAGAAUGUAUAUGAAGAUGGUGGCUGGCUGGUAUUUUACAUUGGAGCUGUUUUAUAAUGCACACACAUUUCCUGUAACAUUUCAUUAAUUCAGCACCUUCGAGACCUUGGUGAUGCUGUACUGGAAGACUUACAGACUAUUGGAUGUCAUUUCAAUUAAUUUUCCAACACACAAUUUUUUUUGCUGCUUUAUAUUAGACAACAUUUGAAUAAAAACGGAUUUAUUUGGUUAGCAUGGGAAUUAGACUAUUCUAGCGGGUCUCUCAUGGGUAAGAAUGAGUUGGAUGAGGUGGUAAUCUUUAGUUCCAAAAGAGGAGGUGACUGGGAAUGAGGGCAGCAAAGACGAACACUGAAAAUAUUGACAGAUUUAAAAUGGAAUAGGAAUACAUAUUGUCACAUGUGAACAGGGACAUUGAGAUUCUUUGCUUGCAUUCCCAAUGUAUAGGGAGGUUGCACGGCAGUCAAGGUCACGACCCGUGACCCGUACUGUUUCCACGCAACUCCUUCUGGAGUACAAGCGGUGAACGUCAGGUAAGUACUUACUAUGGGUGUCAGUGUAGCGGGCCCGUCUUCUGUCCCAGCAUCCGGACUCCAAGUUGACUGGUUCCACACUCGCGGAACACGGGCCGUCUGUCCCCACCCCCGUGUGGGG